CUUGAAGCUAAAUUGUUGUAGACAUACUACUGCUGACGUAAUACAUCAAAACUUAUCACACAAAAACUCGUAAAUAAACGGAAGUACAGACAUCUUGUCAGCUUUAAGGCGCAUGUUGUUUGAGCCGAAUGUUAUACUUUGUAACGAGUCUUUCCAGAAAGUGAUUCGUCCAUCAUGCAUCAGGCGUUUGAACAUUGUCACUACCAUCGUGAUGCGCCCCACCAAUCAGAUUCCUUGGCUAGUAUGUGUUGGCCAAUCAUUCAACAGCAAAAACCACUGACUGUGUUAGAGAAGGCAGCUAUGUCAUCACGACCUCCCAGAAAUGAUGUAAGCUGGCCGGUGUCCGAGCCGUGGCGGAGGAAUCUUCAACAGCCACGCUGUGGAGGUCAAGGACGUUGCCAGGGAGACCCACAGGUGUGCAACUCUAAGUACAGAUACGGUGUGGAUGACGUGGGUCCCUGUCCAUCCGAAGCUUCAUGCAGGCAGGCUUACUGCUGCGCACCAUGUCCACCGGAGUGCCCCAACCCGUGCCCCGCCCCUUCGGGAUGUAACAGACUGACAUCACGGUGUUUUGAUUGGCCCAUUCCCCGUAGAGACAUCUGCCCAGCCGUCGAGACCAACGCGGACAUGCGCCAAAACAGAGCAGACUUGAACGAUCAAUCCAAACAACCCGAGAGAUGUCCCACUUGUAAGCGCGUUGUGGUGGACCUGGAGUGUGGACCUCUGGGAUACAAUUAUUAACUUCAUCAACAAACAUAUCAAGUUCUGAUGUCUAAUAUUUUCUGCAAAUAGUGUUUUUUAAACACACGAAGAUAGUACAUUACAGUUAUAUAUAAGUGUUACUCGUGGAUACAAUUAAUUUCUAAAUUGUGAAAAUACAUUUUAAAAUUGAUAGUGUAAAUCUGAGUAUAAAUGUAUAUAUUUCAACUUUCUGAAAAUAUUUUUCAAUUUGUUAAAGUCUACAAAAUAAUUAGUGUCCGAAAUCUCCUAUUUUGUGCAGACUAUUUGUUCUACUAGCAACAUCCAUUCUAGAAUAUAAUUCUCACUUUUUUUGUUUUUGUUUUUGUUUUAUACACAUUUAUCCUUCAAUGUGUAGGGAGGUGGGGUGUUGGGUAUGCGCAGUAAUAUUAUCGUCUGCAAUGAUAUUACUUUAAAUUGGUUCAGUUCCUGUGAAUGAAAACAAAACAUUGUAAAACACAACGGAACAUUAUUAUAAAGAAACGAAAGAAACUAUUUUUUUUAAAUAAUAAAAAGAAAACGUACCUUAUGCUGAACGAGUCAA